UAUAUAUAUGUAUAUAAGGACACUCCCUAAUAUCAACUGUCAACAAUUCCUUAACGAAAAGAAUCAAAAACGUACGAGAGAGAAGAAAAGAUUGAGCCAUGGAAGUAAGCGUGAUCAUGAUGAGAAAAAUUGAAGAAGCCGUGGAAGGAAGCAUUAAAAGAAGAUCAUCAGAGAUGGAACAAUUAGUCAAUGCCAUGGAAAGAUCAAGAAGAGGAGAUCAUCAUAAUCAAGGUGUAGCUGUUGCCAUGGAAGUAAGCAUCAGACGCACUUUCCCAAACGAUUUGUUUAACUUUGUCGUUCAAAUAUUCUCAACAUGGCCACCCAUACUGGGCGGUGGCCGAAUAUUAUUAUUCACUGUUCACACCGUCUGGGCUGAGAUCGAAGACGACGCCAAGAAAUGGGUUUCAUACAUCCAAAAGCUUUUCCGUAAACGACGUCGCAUCAUCCUUGCUCUCUCCGCCGAUCGCAGUCUUAACUACCCCAAUGGAAACUUCAAUACUCUAAUCUACAACAAGAAAGAUCACAAAGACCAACCGUACGAGCUGUUACAGAUUUGCAUUGAAGAUCAAUGCCUUAUCUACAAAUUAGAUAGCAUUGGCCAAAAAUUCAACCCAAAAGUGCUGAAGGAUUUGCUUCACGACAGCCGCGUGACGGUGGUCGGAGUGGGUAUAGAGAAUGUGGCGAGGCGGUUGGAGGAGGAUCACGGUUGGUUCAUGCCUAAAGUGGUUGAACUGCGAGAUUUGGCGGCCCAGGCCCAGGCCCAAACCAAGGCCCAAAAGGCAGAUAUUCAGGGUAGUACUAGCGGUCAUGAUAAUGGAAAGAAGAUCAUGACGAAGAAGGUGAUGAUGAUGAAAAGAAACUUUAGCCGAUUUGGUAUAGCGAAGCUGGCGAAAGUGGUUUUGGGAAAAGAGAUGAACAUUGUGAAACCCACCAACAUUCGUUGGUGGUCAGUCUCUGACAACUUUAAUCGACCACCACGAUUCCAUUCCGAAGACCUAAUUAAGUAUGCCACCGUUGAAGCUUUUCUCAUUUCCCAAAUGGGCACCAAGCUCAUUAUUCUCGACUCCAAAACUGAUGCUACGACGUCGUCUCAGGAUCUUAAUUAAUUAGUCAGCGCUGUUUACGUUUACUUCUACUACUAUACUACGAUGACGACGUCGUUUCAUACCACCUGACUACUACUACUACGACGACGUCGUUUUAGGAUGAUCGAUAUAAGCCUCUUGCCUACUCUUUACCUACUUUCUUACCACUAAUACUCUGUUUCAAUAUACAGGCCUAUCAUGAGAUUUCUGUGUACAUAAUAAUAAGGAGAAUAAUCUUCAAAAUUGCAACAAUUUACGUAUACGUCGUAUUCCUUUUCUCGUUUUCUUGGCUACUGCCGUUUCUUUGUGAAUUCUGUCGUUUCUUCCAUCCAGUGCUGUUUUAAUAAAGAUUGUUCCGUCUGUGGUGUAA